UGUGGCGUCCAUAAAGUAAAUCAGCUGGUUAAUGUCAGACGCGAAUGUUUACAAAUAUUUUAUGAUCUCGAUGUAAUCGUACUGGUUUGUCAAAUUGUGUUGGCACUUUGUAUAUGUAAUAAAAAUAUCGUUCCUAAUUGGGCUCAAGAACGAAGAAUACGUUAAAAAUAUGUAAGAGUAUAUUUUUUUAAUUGUAAAAGACAAUGUCUCCAGAACCAUCCCAGGAACCUAUGAAAGAAAAUCUUAAUGCUCCUAACCUCUCAUUGGGUGUAAGAGCCAUGAAUGAAUCAGACAGUGAGGAUGAAGAUAUUGGAGCAGCUGGUUAUAUGCCACUGUCCCAAGUACCGGCUGACAGUGAUCCAAUGUUAGAUGAUGAAGAUGAGGAGUGGAUUUCAGCACCAGUAAACUCAAAUGAAAUACUUCCAGGGAGUUCAGUUGAUGAGCCACAGGAGCCUUCUUUUGAAACAUUACAAGUCUGGUCUUCUUCAUGCGAUCGAUCUAAUAUUGAUUUAGAUGCUGACAAGAUCAAUCAAGUAAAAUCUGCUAUGGCAUCUUUUACUCUACCGACCACUGCAAUUCCAGAGUGGGCUAACACAGUCUCCGAAGAGCAGUGGAAGCAGCAACUGAUUGAUAGGAUUAAGGAAAUGCAAAACAGAGAUAAUUAGAUCAAUUAAAGCAAAUAUUAUCUGGUUAUAAAGUUAAAUACCAUUGGAUUAAGAAUCAAAGCAUCGUUGAUAAACUUCCAACACUCAAACAUUAUAGUUCAUAACAAAAUAUUAUGCAUUAAUAACAUUUUACAACAUCAUACAUAUAUAGUAUGCAUUAUUUUCGAUAAUAUUAUUAGGAAAGAUGUAUAAGAUUAUUUAUUUGUUUAAGAAUAAAGUUAUUUGCAUCAAA